CGAACUCAACGAUAACAAUGUCCAACCCCGUCUGCUUCUUCGACAUGUCCAUCGGCGGCCAGCCCGCCGGCCGCAUCGAGAUGACUCUCCGCGCGGACGUCACCCCCAAGACCGCCGAGAACUUCCGCGCGCUCUGCACCGGCGAGAAGGGCUUCGGGUUCAAGGGCUCCUCCUUCCACCGCGUCAUCCCCAACUUCAUGUGCCAGGGCGGCGACUUCACCAACCACAACGGCACCGGCGGCAAGUCCAUCUACGGCGCCAAGUUCGCCGACGAGAACUUCCAGCUCAAGCACACCGGCCCCGGCAUCCUCUCCAUGGCCAACGCGGGUCCCAACACCAACGGAUCCCAGUUUUUCCUCUGCACCGUGCAGACGGCGUGGCUCGACGGCAAGCACGUCGUCUUCGGCUCCGUCACCAAGGGCAUGGACGUCGUCCAGGCCAUCGAGGCGGUCGGCACCUCCUCGGGCAAGACCACCAAGCAGGUCGUCAUCGCCGACUGCGGCCAGCUCUCCUAAUCGAUGAACCCGUACUGGCACCAUCGAUGAGCGGUUCAACGUUUUGAUAAACGCGGGGUCGAGCGACCCCCGGGACGCGGCUCGACUAAUACGUUAGCCAUGGGGCUUUUAAACAUAAUCACGCGCUCGAGCUAAUU